GCUACCGGCACCAGGCAGCGGCGGCCGCCGCCUCUCAGCGACAAUCCGAAAGUUCGGUUGGGGUCUUCUCCCCCGCUGACGGAGUCGAGCACUGGGAUGUACUGCUAGAAGCCAAUGCCAUCAGAGAUCGGGAGCUACGGCAAAUCCAGGAAAACGCAACCGCAGCAGCUAAGGCAGCUAAGGCGGUGGUGAGCGAUGUGGCAGCGACGGGUUCCUCCCCCGCGGCGAAAGAAGUGGAGAUUGAGGACAUUGCAGACGACGAUCCCAGCUAUCAGGCGUGGCUUCGUACGUCCGGUUUUCAGUCAGACGCGUUGCUGAUACCGCUUCCAGGGAGGGGGAUUCUGAACAUCAGCAGCAGCAACAUCAGCAACAGCAGUAGCGCUGUCGACGACGUCGUGAAGGAUGGCAGCGGCAGUAGCAGUAGCAGUAGCAGUAGCGACGAUGGGGACGUCGAAGGACGCAGCGUGGGGGGAGGAGGGGAUGAUGCGGAUCGCGAAGGCGAGGCGACAUUCGCGCCGACGCCGGCGCCGGCAACGAAGGCGCACAGUUGCUGUGAGGGCGCCUGUCUGUUGCUCCGCCGCAGCGAAAACAGCGGCAACCCGGGCACCUGGGGACUACCUGGCGGAAAUGCCGACGCAGAGGAUGGAGGUCAGUUGCUCAAGACCGCCAUGCGGGAAGCUAGAGAGGAGCUUGGGGAGAUACCCACAGAAAUGGAUGUUCUAGGAUCCAUAUUGACAAGGCGCGGCAAGUCGCUCCAGAAGCACUACACUGUCUUCGUGGCCUCCAUCCCGGGCGCCACCCGAGCCUCCUACCAGCCCACCCUCAAUCCCGAACACACCGAGUGGCGGUGGCUGGAUUUGCGGCACGCGGCCGUGCUGGCAGCGGCGCCCGGCGCACCCCCACAUAUCCCGAUAGGUCCCGGUUUCCCCCCCGGCGACCACGACGACGAUGACCACGAUGACGAGGCCGCUGCUGCCGCAGCGGGUCCGCCGCCGGGUGACAUGGUACUGCACCCUGUCGUACGGGUACUGUUUGGGGGCGCUCAUGUGGCCGCGUUGCGGAGGAUGCUGCAGCCUGUGGGCGGUUCGAGCCACGUCGAUCAUGCCACAGAAUCCCAGCGACUUUCCAGCAGCCGGCAAACGGAAGCUAUUUUGGCAACUUGUGCUCCAAAACUGCUUCCAGAUGUGCUGGCUUCAGCUGCCGGCGCUACGUUGCCGCAAACGGGCAGGAUUCCCACUUUGCGCGCCCUAGUUCUGGGCUUCCUAGGUCGCCACGUUGACUCGCUGGUAGCGCAGCUCGGACCCCACCUAGCAGCCCUUCCCGCCGACGUCAAGGCGUGCCUGCUAUGCGUAGCCAGACGUCGGGGCGUUCUAAGCAACCGCGUGCUGCUAUCUCUGGCCGACGAGUUCUGGACACUGUUGGAUUUGGGGGGAGCCCACAGGGUAACGGAGCGGGCGUUGAGGCAGGCUCUCCUCCGCUGCCGCCACCUCCGCGCCCUGAGCCUGAGCGGCCUCUCCUGCCCCUCCCCGGCCCUGCUCCGAAACCUGCCCGACCUUUGCCCGUCCUUGGAGGUUCUGGUGGUGGGGGAUUGUAAGCCACAAGAGGAAGCGCUGUUGCAGGUACUUCCGGAUUUGCUGCCGCAUGUGCGAGUACGGGAGCAGGCGCAGGACGCUGUACAUGACAGUUGGGAGGAUGUGGCGGUGUCAUCAGGUGGCGGAGCUCCGUUACCAGGGCCGGGAGUUCCAUGCGGUCUUCAGCGACUCAAACUGCUCGUGUGGCCUAAUCCGCCGUCGCUCGUACGGCAUGUCGUACGGUCCGUCAACCCUCGCGUCGUCGUCGCUGAGUCCCUGCCAUGGCCGCACGAGCAGGAUGGCUCAGGUGGCAGCGGAGGCUGUAGCUCAGAGACGAGGUCCUCCGUCAUCGGACCGAGGUUGUCGUCGCUGUCCUCGGCGUCGCCGUCGCCGUCGCUGGCGGCGGGGCAUGCGAAGGCCUCCCAACGCACGUGCAGCGUUGGCGCUUGGCGCCGGCCAGAUACGGCACAUGUAGCCGUACCCGGAUCCGCUGAAUCUUCUACUUCCAGAUCCAUAGCCGUACCCGGAUCUGCUAGAUCUGGAUACAUUGUCGUACACAGAUCGAUAGGUCCCUGUACGGGAUCUCAGAAUUCUGGCAUCCAGGUUAUUCGAGUUCGAAGGCCUUCCCAGGGACGAGGGGCGGCGGAACCAUCAUCCGCCGCCACCGCUGCCUCCGCUGCCACGAUGCAGCCUCCCCCUAGCAAAGAGUCAGGAGCAGGUUCAGUUGGACGGUACACGGCCCCGCACAAGCGACAACAACAGCAGCAGCAGCAGCAGCCAGAGCGGCAAGAGCAACAACAGCUGCCUCAGGCGGCGGCGGCGGCAGAAGCAUCUGCUACUGCUGCUGUCGCUGCUACUGCUGCUACGGGCUUGCCGGCCGCCGGUGCAGCUGUCGCCGCAGAGCGAUCCCCCCCGCAUCACCUUCAGCCUGCCGUACAUCGCCAAAAUUACCACCAGUCGCAACAACAGUCACAACAAUAUCCAGACCACCAUUUUCAGCACACCACCAGCACCACCACGCAGCACCGUCUGGGUCACCCUCACCAGCACCUCCAUCAUCAGCACCAGCACCACCACCACCGGCAGAAAGGGGAGGCUGCGGAGGAGGAGGAGGAGCUCCGGGCGGUCGGGGGGCCCCCGCUGCAGCUGGACGACUGCCUCGCGGCCCUCGUGGCGUGGGAGGCGUGGGAGGGACUGGGGCCCGGCGCUGGCGGGGAGCAGCAGCGCCAGGAGGAGGAGGAGGUCCACAUCGCGGAGAAGUUCCGUCGGGCCUACGAAGAGCAGGACGCCCGGUUGAGGGCCAAGGCGGUCCGGGAGGCCGCUGCGGCUGAGCGCUAUGAGCUGCGGAGCAGUGGAGCAGCGAGAGCGCUGGCGCAGUGGCUGGAUCAGGAGUGA